UGGGAAUGAAUCAGUCCUGGCUCUGUCUUGAGCUGACACAUUGUAUCAACACUUGGUGAUUGCAACAAAAAAAAUCCAGGAAAUGUUACACUGUGUCCGCAACAGUCGCCGUCCGUUACUUUGUAACCUCGCUAACACUUUACAGAAAUCGUGGGAAGGUAUGCAGUGUACCAGCCAUUCACAACCGAGCAAGACUGAACAUGAAGAGACAGAGAGCGUUCGCACUGGGAACCUCCCAGAGACUCACAAUGUGCCCAUGAGUAUUCUCAUCAGACCCUUCCCUCCUGUGCUGGAUGAAGAGAAAGUGAGGAGUCUGAUGGAGAGUAUAGAGGACACAGAUAAAAUGCACAACGUGCCUCCAAUAGAUGUCCUUUGGAUCAAAGGCCAUCAAGGUGGGGACUAUUUCUACUCGUUUGGGGGGUGCCACCGAUAUGCUGCCUACCAGAGACUGAAGAAGGAAACCAUUCCUGCAAAGAUUAUCCGAUCCACCAUUUCAGAUCUUCGAAUCUACUUGGGAUCAUCAACUCCUGACCUUCAGUGAUUGAACAGACAGCAUCCUGACUGACAGCUAUUGGCUGGUGUUCUCUAUCUGCUAAUACAAUCAUUUACUUUUCAUAUUCAAUUUUGUGUACGUGUGCUAGUCAUGAAUAUAUUGAAACAAGUGAAAAUCUGCUGGGAAACACCUUUUACUCUUUCUAAAGACAAGAGCUACUUCAAAAAAACCUUCGCUUGUUUUUGUCUUUGUUGAAGAUAAGACUUUCAGGUCAAAGUUCAAACAGAAUAUACUGAGGUCAGGUCAAUCGAUCUGAAUUAUAACUCUGAGUUCUCUCCAUAGGUGCUGCCAGACUUGCUCAGCUUUUCCAGCAACUUCUGUUUUUAUUUCUGAUUUACACCAUCUGCAGUUCUUUUGGUUUUUAUAACAGUGUAAAGGAUGUGCAGUACUGUGGUGUUGAUCAUAUUGCACUUUCCCAGAACUGAGAGUGGGGAUUUAAGAAUACAAUGAAGAAGUAAUCAUUGCCACUGGCAGGAGAGUUGCUCAUUGAGGCAGAGGGCGAUGAUGAAAACAGCUUGCAGAAAAAUCCAAGAGAGAAAUCAGAAAUAUUUUACGCACUGAUCUAGAUGGCACCACCUGGAAGAAGAUUCAGAGAGGAAUCAGAUAUAUACUUGGAAUGAGAAAUUUGCAAGGCAGUGGAAAUAAUUGGGAUAGCUCUUUCAAAGAACUAGAACAAGUUGAAUAGUCUUGGUUUUGUGUUGAAGAUUCUAUGCUCCAACCUAUAAGACCGGUGUUAAUAUUACAGAGACUUCAAUAGGACCAGGACAGCUUAAGCUGAUUUGAUUUUUUUUAUUGUAUUCAGCUUCCUACAGUAAUUAAACAUUCCAAAAAUCAAUGGAGAUUUGAAAUCCCUUUGAUCAGUUGAUGUAUGUGCCUUAUCAUCAAGUUAACUUAUGUUAAAAUGCUUGAGUUCAUUUAGAUGAACUGACUGGCCACCACAGCGAAUGACUUUAACUCACAAUGUCCCUUGUAUCUGGAGGGGACAUAAAACAUCAAUGUGUUGAAUAAACCUACUCCCCAGUCAUGCCUGUGCUCAUUGACCUGCUCCUGGCCAAGCAAGAUCACAAUUUUAAAAUUCUCUUCCUCAUUUUAAAAUCCCCUCAUGGCCUCACCAUAUCUCUGCUGUAGUCGGUUUCAGCCCUGUCACCCUCUGAGAUCUGUGCUCCUUGCAUUCUGGCCUCUUAACCAUCCGUGAUUUUAAAUGCUCUAUUUUUGAUGUCAUGCCAUCAAUUGUCUGGGUCCCAAGCUCUGGAAUUCUCUCUCUGCUUCUCUAUCGCUCUUUAAAACCUACAUCUUUGUUCAAUAUUUUGGUCAUUUGAACUAAUAUCUCCAAUGCUUCUUUAUGUUUUGUAGUGGCAAGAGGCAUGGAGGAGGUUUUUUUUAAUGGAAAAGACGCUAUAUAAAUAUCAGGUUUUCUGGUACUAUUUUUUCUUUUCAUGAAAAUGAAGCCCAUUUUGUCUCACAUCUUUCUCCUUACCUGUCACAUUUUCCUGCGAUGAUUUUUGUGUGUGUGUGUGUGUGUGUGUGUGUGUGUGUGUGUGUGUUUAUUCAGCUCUCAUUUGCAUCUCCCUUGUUUCUUGUUCAGUCUUUCCUAACCUUUCUGGCUGCUUUCUGACAUAUUUCUGAACUGGAGCUACCCGCCCUCUCAAACUGAGCCAAAUGCACUGGUGCGCAGUGUUGAACAAUCUUAUUUAGAAGGUGCAUCUUUGUGGAGAAUCACGUCAGAUUCGGCAGCUUGCACGAGGCUGUGACCUCUGAAAUUCCCUCCGUGUCUCUGCUUCCCUCCCCUUUAUAAAAGAUGCUUCUUAAAAUCUACCUGUUUGGACAGGUUUUUGAUAAUCUGUCCUAAUGUACCCUUCUGUGGUUCGGUGUCAGGUUUCAUCUGAUAAUGUGCCUGUAAAGUACCUUGGAAAGUUUUAUUACAAUAAAGUUACUUAUAUACAUGUAAA